AUCAAAUGUUGAUGAUGAAGAUGAAGAGUCUGAUGGUGAUCUGACAUGUCACACUGACAAGAAACCCUGGAAAUGUUCACGGUGUGGGAAGAUGUUUACUUGUAGGAGAGCUUUGAAAACACACGCGAGAACCCACACUGGUGAGAAACCUUUUGUCUGCUCAGUGUGUGGCCAAAGAUUCUCUCAUAAGGGAAGCUUAAUAAAACACACAAGAACCCACACUGGUGAGAAACCAUUUUCCUGCUCAAUUUGUGGCCAAAGAAUCUCUGACACGACAACCUUAAAAACACACGUGAGAACCCACACUGGUGAAAAACCUUUUGCCUGCUCAGUGUGUGGCCAAAGAUUCUCUCACAAGGGAAGCUUAAUUAACCACUCAAGAACCCACACUGGUGAGAAACCUUUUGCCUGUUCAGAUUGUGGCCAAACAUUCUCUCAGAAGGGAGACUUAAAUGUACACUCAAGAACCCACACAGGUGAGAAACCUUUUGCCUGUUCAGAUUGUGGCCAAAGAUUCUCUCGCAAGGGAAGCUUAAACAAGCAUGUAAGAAUCCACACUGGUGAGAAACAGUUUGCUUGUUCAGACUGUGGCCAAAGAUUCUCUCGGAAGGACCACUUAAAAAGCCACAUGAGAAUACACACAGGUGAGAAACCUUUUGCCUGUUCAGAUUGUGGCCACAGAUUCUCUCAUAAAGAACACUUAAAAAGCCACAUGAGGAUACACACAGGUGAGAAACCCUUUGCCUGUUCAGAUUGUGGCCAAAGAUUCUCCCAGAAGAGAGAGUUAAAUGGACACUUAAGAACCCACACAGGUGAAAAACCUUUUGCCUGUUCAGAUUGUGGACAAAGCUUCGCUCUCAAGCGAACCUUAAGAAAGCAUGUAAGAAUCCACACUGGUGAGAAACUGUUCGCCUGUUCAGACUGUGGCCAAAGAUUCUCUCAAAAGGCACAGUUCAAAGAACACACCAGAACACACACCGUUGAGAAACCUUUUUCUUGCUCAGUUUGUGGCCAAAAAUUGUCGCUGAUCUCUCAGAUGAAAAAUCACGUGUGUUAAUGAGAUGAAUAGUCAUCAAUGAAGUUUUCACCUCUCAUCUGAGUAGGCUUCACGAUUUCAUGCACCAAGGCUGAUUGAAAUUUAAAUACUUUUAUUUUGAAAAGAUUUUUUGGUUGUUGUAAUGAAUUAGAAAAUCAAGCAUUGUUAUCGGUGAUAUAAUACUUUUGGAUUCUUCAAUAUAGUUAGUUUUUAUUUGGCUUUGAGUUGUGGUUUUUAAAUGUAGUUUGUUUUAAUUCAUUUUCAGAGGUUGAUUGUUUGAUUUACUUCUUCAUUUUUCGUUUGUUUCUUUUAUUUAUACUGUCCCAUCCUUGACUGUAUGGCACCCCACGUAUCGAGAUAUGUGUUUCAUCGUCUUUUAUUGGACGCUAUCCUGAAUAAAAUGGACAUUUUCCAUUUUGUCAUGAAAUGUGUGACGGAGCCAUACGUAUUGUUUGAUACUGUGUGUUGCUUGCUGGCCAAUAAAGUUGUCUUUGCUCAAAAA